GUGAACGUCAAAAUAUAUAAACAAAAAAGAGGUGUGACAAUUUAUUUGAAAUUAAGAAACAUUUUCUAUCUAAAUUCAAUUUAUUAAUUACAUAACUAAUUACACAAUGUCUCAGAAUAUUAUUUUAACAGGUAACUUGGACAUGCUUCACAGCUUAUACGACUUCAAAGCAACAUAUGCCAAAACUUUAAGCUUUAAAUCAAAUGAAUAUUUUUUGCUGCACCAAACUAAUACCAAACACAAAAACUGGUGGGAAGUUAUCAAUGAAAGGGGCGAAAUGGGUUACAUUCCUUCUAAUUAUGUAGAAACAGUUACAGUAAACCCCUCAUUCUUCAUUCAGUUCAUAGACAACUGCUUAGAAAGUUUAAAAUUACCCUCUGAACUUGGUACUAAUGACAAAAGUGAUGUAAUUUUACGUUUAAAAGAGUUAAAAAAAGAAAUAGAACAGCUACCAGAAGUGUCAAAAAAUUCCAUAGGAGCUGAUAGUGAUGAAAAUCCUCCUUUACUUUUUAAAAACUCAGAUGGUAAAAUAGAACCUAUUAAUUCACCAUCAUCUACUAGUUGCUUCACAAGAAGAUCUGUUGAUGAGGAUCCAAUUAAGCCUGUCCAGAAAGGUUUCAGUAAAAGCUCAGUACAGAAAUCAAUUGAAAAUAUUCAUGAAGAAAUUAGAUCUGAAAUGCUCAAUGAAUGUAAAAAGACUGAUUCUAACGUAUCCAGCUCUCUAAGCAGUAACAUUUCACCUCCUAUAACCCACCAGUCUGUUUAUGACUUGGUAGAAAGUGUCAGAAUAAAUACUCAGUUAUCACAUGAGAUGUCAAGAAUAGCAGUUGUUACUGUCGUUCAAGGUUUACAUGAAUUACUUCCAGCUUCAGUCUUUCCCUAUUUGAGUACAAUUUUAUCACAUUCUCAAACAUCUUUAGUAGAUGAUGUACAGAUCGACCAAACUCAUGAUGCUAGUCGACUAAAAAUAAUUUUUAAUGAAUUGACUUCUUGCAAAGAAGAUGCUCAACAGAGGAGUUGGAUGCUACAUGAAGAUGAAGAUGUUAUUAAGGAAUAUAUUAUCGAGAUGAUCUCAAUAUUGUCUAAUGCAGAUGCAAGUAUUUCAAGGCAUGUUGUAUCUACCGACCAAUACCAUGUAAUUACCACAUUAAUACAGUAUUACCAAAUGGAAGUAAGAUGGUCAAUCAGGCAGCUGUUGUUGCAAGCUUUUGGAGUAUUGUGCAGCUUAGAUAAAACUGUUAUCACUAUAAUGUUGAACUCUAUUUUACCGGGUGAAUUAGCUAGAGAUAUUAUGACAAAUCCAAGGAACAUUCCAAAAUUAAAUUAUUCUUCUUUACUUUUAACCAUGAUAUUUUCAAUGGGUGAACCAAUGCCUGUAACACAUAUUGAUUUUUUGGGCAAAAGAUUCUUAUCUUUUAUUCUUGACAACAUCGAGUAUCCUCCUGAUACAGAUUUGGAAGAACAAAUACCAGACUUGUUUUUAAACCUGAUUAUUUCCUUAAAUCUUCAAUUUUCUGAAGAAAUUGAAAAUCCAGUCCUGGCAGCUUUAGAAGAAAGAGAUAUCGCAAAAUCGUUUACAGAGAAAAUUUUAUUACUCAUUAAUAGGGAAGAGGAUCCUGUGAGGAUCUUUGACCAUGAACCAGCACCGCCACAUUCCCUUCUGAAGCUUUUUAUUGAUUUAUUUAGUCGCAGAUCAACUUCUGAUUUAUUUUAUACGAAUGAUGUGAAGGUUCUAAUUGAUAUUAUUGUUAGAAAUAUUUCGGAUUUAUCAACAGGAGAUUCGAGACGAAGACAAUACUUAGAACUUUGCCGCCGAGUAAUGAGGAACACGAACUAUGACGAGCAUCGUCACAAAGUGGACGAAAUCUUGAAAUGUUUCACUAGGAUAUUUUGCGAGGAAAGCGAUUUGAGCAAAUACGACCAAAAAUUAGUCAAAGAAAUAUCGAACGAGUUUCCGCAUCUCUUUAAGUAAAUCAACAUUUACUUAUCUUGGCUGUUUAUUUAUAUGUGAUAUUUUUCGACUUUUUGAUUUUUUUAUAUCAAACGUUUGUUCUACGUUGUAGAUUGUUUAGUUUUUUAAAAGGUUUAUUUGUUGGAAGUCUAGUCUGAGUUAUUAAGGAUUAAUUAGACUGGAUUUUCGUGUGAUGGCUAAAAUAUAAUACAUAGGUCUGUGAUUUUAUACCUUAUUUGUUAAUUUACUUCACAGGCAAUUUUAUAAAACACUAAUAAUGAUGGGUAACUAAACUUAUAUCGUCCUAAUCACUGUGAAUAAUGUUGAUUCAUGGAUCAUACUUUGAAAUCAUAAUUGCAGAUGGACAGGAAUGAAAUAACCGCGACAUGUGCCAACGUGAAGCACGACGGAGAGAAGGUUUCAUGACGCAUUGCCAAAAUUUAUUAGUAUUAUGUAGUUUUCUUUGUGGCUCUUUAGAAAUGAAAUCACAUUUAAUUUCUAUGACUUUGGCCGUCAAUUUGUUCCAUUAUUUAGGAACUGAUUGACAAAAUUAAUCAGAUAUGUAUUCUAUUCACUUGGGUUUAAAUCUUUAUCAAAGUCGAUAACAGGUUUAUUUCCAUCCGCUUCUUCUUUUCGUAAAUUUCAAGACAGAAUGUGUAAGUAAUUUCGCAUUUUUUACUGCACAACACUCUCUGUUACUAUGUUGUAUUAAUUAAACUUUUUGUAUGCUCAAAUCAGUGGCGGCUUGUGAUAAUACGAGAUGGUAGUGCCAGAUUUUUAACAAAUGUGAAAAUCCCGCCGGAGGCCCCCUACCGGAGGCGAAAAAUUUUUUGGGGUGCCACGACCAAAUUUUUACCCAAAAGUCGUUUAAAACAAUAAAUGAAGGACGGAUACUUUUAUAUCUAUUAUAUGACUACUAUUUAUGGGGUUUCUAACACAAGUUUUACCAAGAAACAGGC